CUUUGGACUGCUGACCAGCUCAUCAACUGGCUCUCUUUGUGCUACAUUGUAAACUGCUCCAGACAAGCUGGAUGGGAACAAGGCGGGGAGCGGGGGCUGACAGUUCCCGUCCUGCUUUGCGGUCGGAAGCAGGAAGAAAAAGAAGAAGAAGAGUCCAGUGAGAAGCAGACUGAAUGAGGAUAAAAGAUGGUAGCACCGUGGAAGGAGUGAUGGCCUCCAAAUGCCAUUCGAGCUGCACCUCCUCUCAGAGCUGGAACCUUUCCUCCUGCUGACCAACAACCACAAGAUGAUGGGCUCACCUUGUCACUGUGAUGAGGAAAGAAACCGAUAAACCCUGGCCUUAUGGCAGGAUUAUUGUUAGAUUGUGUACCUAAUGUUAUGGCUGCCGAGUGUACUGUACUGUGUGACAUGAAGAGGGAAUAACAGGAAUGCCUUUGCUCCAAUAACACAGACAAUGACACCAUUCAUUUUGACAUGUAAUGUAUUCGGGAACGUACGCACACUUUAGACUAAGACGGUGUUUUUUUCUUGCAUUUUUAUUGUCCUCUUUUACAGAAAUGCAAUGUUAAAGCAUUGUGGUACAUUAGAACCUCUAAAAUGGAAUGCCUCUGAGGUUGUGUUGUUCAAAAUUUGACCAAGGCUUCAUUAAAAACAUAAUAUUUAGUGGUUGUUCCCAUGAAAUUGGUUUUAUUUUUACGAGUAUCUAGUUUAACUCUCAGAAGCAGUGACAGUGAAGGUUGAAAAGAAAGGAAUUAAAAUAACGCACUAAAGCAGCGGUGGCCAAAGUGUGGCCUGUGGCACUUUUUAAAACAUUAAGAGAAAAAAUGAAGAAAAGAAACAAAGCAAAAAAAAACAACAACAUAAAGUUGUAAUUUUUGGAAAAUUAGGUUGCAGAAAAAUUUAUGUUACGAGAAUAAAGUCAUAUUUACAAGAAGAAAAGACAGUUGAAUUAGGUGAAAAUAAAAAAAAAACACCAAACAGCUGUAAUUUGACAAGCAUAUUAAGAGACUAUUUAAAGAAAAAAAGUCCCAUUUAACAAGAUUGAAGUCAUAUUAUAUUAUGAGGAAAAAUAACGUCAUUUUAAUCGCAUAGAGUUGAAAUAUUAAAGAAAACAUGUUUUAAAAAACAGUAAUAUUAUGAGAAACAAACAAAACAAAACAAAGUUGUCAUUUUUGGAGAUCUAGGUUGAGUAAAAAAGUUUUGGUAUUGUGGGAAUAAAGUCAUAAUAUUACCAAAAGAACAUGUACGAACGAAACUUAUUUAAGAGGAGCAAAAAUGGGGAAAAAAGAGCAAACUACUACUAAUAAUGGGCUUUUUCCAACUACACCGCAAAGCUGAGAUGCAGUUUUUUCUUGAAAUAUAUAGAACUUCCUAGCAUAUUUACAUGUGCUGGUUUACAAAAUGGCAAAGUGGCCCCUGCUUCCUCGAAAAAGUUCAGACACCCCUAUAUAAAAGGUAUUAAACCAUUUCAUUUUUUUUACAACAAAAAAAAAUGGAAAAAUAUGCAGUAAUUUUCAAAAAGUCCAAAUAUUAAGAGAAACAACGAAUGAAGUGGUCAUUUUUGGAAAAUUAGGUUGCGGAAAAAGUUGUAAUGUUACGAGAAUAAAGUAAUAAUUAUGAGAAGAAAAUUUACAGGAAGAAAGUUGAAAUAGUUGGAAAUUACUGCUGUAAUUUUAUGAAAAUAAAGUAAAAAUAUUAAUAGAAAAAGGUUGCAUUCUAAUGAGAAAAAAAAAUCAAAUUUGAACAAGAAUAAAGUCAUAAUACUAGGAGGAAAAAUAAUGUCAUUUUAGUUGCAUAAAGUUGAAAUUCAUUAAUUUUCUAUGCCGCUUGGCCUUAAUAGCGGCGCAGUGGUAUGCUGGAGCCUAUCCCAUCUGACUUUGGCAAGAGGCAGGAGAAUAAAGUUGACAUAUUGAAGGAAAAAAAAAGUUGUAAUAUUAUGGGACACAAACAAAACAAAAUUAAGUUGUCAUUUCUGGAAAAUGAGGGUAACGUUCUAAUAUUAUGUGAAUAAAGUCAUAAUAUAAAAAGAAAAAAAAGUGAUUGCAUUUGUUUGUGCUCUCUGCUGAUCAAUCACUUCAAAGGUCAAACAUAUGUUAACCUGCGUGUAAUCAACACUGUGUGCAGACAUGCUUGACAGGCCGCCAGAUAAACGCCCCAGUUGUGUCAAAAAUUGACCGGGGUUAACCACAGUUACAAGCCCAAUACAAAUGACAACAAGCCCCGCCCACUAUCUAACGUCAAGCCAGUAGGAAAUCUUUGCUCAAAUGACUCCCUAUCUCACUAUCACCGCGCUCACUUACUUGGUGUCACCCAGUAAACAGAGCAGACUUGAACACCUCACAUUACAUCUUGCAGGUGAGUACAACCAGACUUUGUUUGACUGGCUUAGCACAUGCUUAAAAGAUGGCUGUGUUUAUGCAGGGCUUGUUAAUACUUUCUAAAUUAUUAUUCGUAACACCUUCUGCAGCAACACCGAGUCACUGAUUUACUACUUUGCAAGUUACAAUAUGUACUGUAUAUACAGUAUCAGCUACUACCAAGUCUUGCACUUUACAGUUAGGUUGCAUGGCAACGUACACUUAUUGUUACCAUAUGUUUCUGAAAAAAACCCAUCCUAAAAUAAAGUGUUAUAAAAAUAUGUUUUUAAUUCCGUGCUGCACAGAUUUCAAAUUUUUGAAAUAUUUUGUAUAACUUUGCAGGCAGCAAAAAUAAAUAACCAUUCAUUUUUUGCUCCUUCAUCUGCUCCAUCAUUGGGUAAAAGCAGCAAUGAUUCAAUAUUCAAUAUGCUGUAGCUUCAUAUUUACGCUAUAAACCUUUUCCACCGAGGGCCACAUAGUGAAAAAUGAAAGGAUGCAAGGGCCGCUUGAAAGGACCACUAGAAAAAAACUGCAUCUCAGCUUUGUGGUAUAGGUGAAAAAGCCUGUUAUUAGGAUGAACUUCGGUCUUUGCACUAUUUUCACAAUUCUUACUGUUUUUUUUUUUUUAUUUUCAAAAUAUGUAAACUUUCUUCUUAACUAAUCUUCCUAAAUUUUCUUCUUGGGCCGCACGGUGGCCAAGUGGUUAGCAUGUUGGCCAUACAGGCAGGCGAUGAAGAAGUGCCGCUUGUGUGUAUUUUUGCGUGUGUUUCUCCGGGUGCUCCGCUUUCCUCCCACAUUCCAAAAACAUGCAUGUUAGGUUGAUUAAUGAUUGUUUGUCUAUAUGUGCCCUGAGAUUGACCUGUGACCAGUCCAGGGUGUACCCCGCCUCUCGCCCGAAGUCAGCUGGGAUAGGCUCCAGCAUACCCGCGACCCUAAUGAGGAUUAGCGGCAUAGAGAAUGGAUGAAUGGAUGGAUUUUCUUCUCAUAAUAUUGUAACUUUAUUCCCAUAAAAUGUCUACUUCAUUCUCGUAACAUUCUAACUUUUUCGCAACUUAAUUUUCCAAUAAUUACAACUUUACUUUUACUUUUAGUUGUUUUGUUUUUUGUAACAUUAUGACGUUUUUCUUUAAUAUUUCAAGUUUAUGUAACAAAAUGUUCAUUAUUUUUCCCCCUAAUAUUAUUCUAUUCAUUAUUAUUUUUCCUGUUAGAGUACAUUUUUUUCUCUUAAUAUUUUGUCUUUAUUCUUGUAAAAUUACUGCUGAUUUGUAAAAAAAAAAAUUUUUUUUUUUUUUUUUGUUAAAUUAUAUUUUUCAAAUGUGCUGCGGGCCAAUAAAAAAAGCAGCCAUGGGCCACAAAUGGCCCCCGGGCCGCUCUUCGGACACCCUGCUUUAAAGGCACUUCAUUGGAUGGAAAAAAAAAGUGUCCACAAAGGGAACUUGCAUACUCUUCCAGCACUACUUUGCUGCUUUUACACCACAUGAUGAAAAGCAGUAAAGAUUGAUUAAAGAAACAGCCGUAGCCCAUUGUUUUAGCGUUUGACACGGUGAUAAAUCCUACAUUUGCUUACAAAAGAUCAUCAGGGUGUCUCCUCUUGUGUUCAGCGAUUUAUCAGGUGCUUUGGCAAUGACUAGGAAAUCCUCAGUUUAGCAGGAAGCCUUGAAGUUUUAAGAAGUUAGAACGUUUCUUGUAUUUAGAUCACAAAACUACAUCGUCUCAUAAUUUGUGUCCUACGGCUUUUAGUCCUAUCGCGUCACUAUAGCCAUGGAGGAGCACACUAUCGCUUUCAUUUUAUGGUCCAGUUGCCUUCUUUUACUGCGUUUGCUGUGGCACAUACCACUGUUGUGCUGAUAAUAAUGGAUAACAUUUCGUGUCUUUUUGUCUUCUACGGCUACUGUGACAUGGUUUCCUCAGCUGCUGCUGAAGCUGACUAACCUUGUGGCAACCAUGUGACACAACAAUGCAUUAGUUUAGGUCGUUAAAGCGAGAUAAUGCUAUAUAUUUACCAGCCUAAACAACUGAAACAAACCACAUCUGACAGCCUCAAUCAAAACAUUAUUGUCUUUGUGCUGAGAUACAGCUCUUGUAUUGAGUCAUUAGCGGACAACUAAACGUACAAGAUAUGAUUCAUUUCAGAUGAAAGUAUGACUCCUUCCAUAGUAAUCUCAAUCUAUAUUGGAAUAUAGUCAACGAAAGUGUAUUUUAAUGCUUGAUAUAAUUGUACUAUUUGUAUUGCAUUUCAUUGGAUUGUAUUUAAUUUAGCAAAAAAACAUCAGCAAAGACAUGGCAAUCCAUUCCAUUUGUGCCGAGAUCUUACAUCAAAGAGCACAAUUAUCGACAAAGUCAGAAAGAUAUGAAGUGACAUGACAAUAUAGCCAUAAAUUAUAUUCCAAUCUCGGCUCACGGGGUGAAGCAACCUUUCUACUCCGUGACUCGUUCGGUAGCAACAAGAUUGAUGAUGCCAUGCUUUAUAUUCAUUUUACAUACUUUUACAAUCCUCCUUAAGUGACACAUUAGCCCGUGACACAACUAUAUGGUACGGCCAUAAUACAGAUUAACCUGUCACACACACACUACUGAAAUGGAUCAUUUCUCACACACACUAAUGAAAAGCUCUCACACACUAGUACUCGUCACACACAUUAGUACUUUGGUGUUUGCCAGCAGAAAACUCGAGCAUUACUCGCUCGCAAGGAAGGCAUCUCGCAUACUUAAUAAAUUGACAUAUGCAAAGGAGAUUGUUCAGUCUGUUGGGCCCGAGGCCCCUUUGCAUAGCGCCACUGCUGUAGAAGUUCCAAGUUUGUCAGCCCUCAGGGGCACCCAAAUGGACUUGGACUCCCGAGCAAUUGCCUGCCGCACCCCUGGAUAUAAAUAUUCUGUUAAAAGGUAGCUUCUAGCUUUAGGGGGGUUUCUGAGUUUUUUGAGCUAUGGACUUAAGCUUUUGAUCAGCUGAUGAACAGCCUGUUUAAGUUUAUUGGUUGUUUGCAUUAAAUUUCCAACUCAAAUUUUUUUUCGUCUCGGUCACAUUUCUUUUAGCAUUUUUGAAGCUCUACUUAGAACCUCCUUAAGAUCCAACAGUGCAAAAUGUAAAAUUUGAUCCGUAGUGUACCAAUGUACAGUAUCUAUUGCCUUCACGUUUUAUGUUUAGUGUGUACUAUGGCCCUUCUCUGUGUGUUCUUCAUGAUGGUCCUCAAGGUGCACCACUGACCACCUCAUCUUCAAUUCUUCCAUCCUCCUCUCCAUCAGCGGCAUCCUCUUCCGAUCUGACACCAUGGAGGAGGUCAUCAAGCUCAAAGAAAGCCUGCCACCUCAUCCACCAGCUCGGUUGGAGCGGAGGGUCCGACAUCCACAACCUGCACUUUCAAUCCUCAAGUCCAAGCUGAAGCAGGGUGUGAGCUGCUCCGUGCCCAGAGUAAGCUCCACCUUGACCGGCUUCUUCCCUGUGGUGCGCUGGCUGCCCAAGUACAAACUGAGAGAGUACGUGUGGGGCGACGUCAUGUCCGGUUUGAUUGUGGGUAUCAUCUUGGUUCCGCAAGCCAUCGCCUACUGCCUGCUGGCUGGUGUGGAGCCCGUAUAUGGCUUGUACACUUCUUUUUAUGCCAACAUCAUCUACUUCCUCAUGGGGACAUCCAGACAUGUUUCUGUUGGCAUCUUUAGCCUGAUGAGCCUCAUGGUUGGACAGGUGGUUGACAAAGAGGUGUUCCUCGCUGGAUUUGACCUCAAUGAGGAGUCCGCCAGUUCUCAAGGCUUCAAUGGUUCAUUCGGGAUCAACCUCACUGGCAGUGAUGCUCAUAGCGUGGACAUAAUGGGGGUGCAGUGUGGGAAGGAGUGUUAUGCUAUUAGCAUUGCAGCCGCCCUCACUUUUCUGGCUGGUAUCUACCAGGUCAUGAUGGCCAUCUUUCGGCUGGGCUUUGUCUCCGUCUACCUUUCGGCUCCCAUGCUAGAUGGUUUUGCCACGGGAGCCUCUUUCACCAUCCUGACCGUGCAAGCCAAAUACCUCCUCGGUCUAAAGAUCCCUCGUCAUCAGGGCUACGGCACAGUUCUUGUAACCUGGUUCAACAUCUUUGCCAACAUUCACAAGACCAACGUGUGCGACCUCAUCACCAGUGCCAUCUGUAUCACCAUAUUAGUGGCAGGGAAAGAGAUCCAGGAGCGCUACAAAGAUCGCCUAAAGAUCCCGCUGCCAACUGAGCUGGUUGUGGUCGCCGGAGCCACGCUGGCCAGUCACUUUGGGAAUCUCAACCAGCAUUAUGGCACCAGCGUUUCGGGUCACAUCCCCACAGGUUUCAUCCCUCCUCGAGUGCCCAGCUUUGGUCUGAUGCCAAGGGUGGCACUGGACGCCAUUCCUCUAGCUGUCAUCAGCUUUGCCUUCACUGUGUCGCUGUCUGAGAUGUUUGCGAAGAAAAAUGGCUACACAGUUCGUCCCAACCAGGAGAUGCUGGCCAUCGGCUGCUGUAACAUCAUCCCGUCAUUCUUCCAUUGCUUCACCACCAGUGCAGCUUUGGCAAAAACGAUGGUGAAGGACUCAACAGGCUGUCAGACGCAGGUCUCCAGUCUGAUCAGCGCUUUGGUUGUCCUGCUGGUCUUGCUCUUCUUCGCGCCUUUCUUCUAUGCUCUCCAGAAGUGCGUCCUUGCCUGUAUCAUCAUUGUCAGCCUUCGCGGCGCACUCAGGAAGUUCAAGGACGUCCCCUCUAAGUGGCGCGCCAGCAAGAACGACGCCGUGGUGUGGUUGGUCACCAUGUCGGCCACGGCUCUGAUCAGCGUUGAGCUCGGCCUCUUGGUCGGAAUCACCUUUUCCAUGAUGUGCAUCAUCUAUAAGACCCAAAAGCCUAAGGUCUCUCUCCUGGGCCGGGCCAGUGAUUCUGAUCUUUAUGAGGAUGUGGAAGAGUACCAAAACCUCGUCCCACCAUCCCACGUCAAGGUCUUCCGCUUCCAGGCUCCCCUCUACUACGCCAACAAGGACAGCUUCUUGAAAGCGCUCUACAAAGCUGUCGGGGUGACACCAUUCUUGGAGAAGACCAGGAGGAGAAAAGCGGAGAAGAAGGCCAAAAUGAUGUCUUUGACGCCAGCAAACGGGGACACCAACAACGGAGAGGUUGUUGUAAGUCUUGUUCAGAGAGAACUUGACUUCCACACCAUCAUUUUGGACUGCUCCGCCAUCCCUUUCAUAGACUCCUCUGGCAUGGCCACCUUUGAAGGACUGCUGAAGGAGUUUGAGGAGAUUGGCGUAAGAGUGGUCCUCGCCAGCUGUAACACCUCCCUCAUCGAUACUCUGCAGAAGGGACAGUUUUUUGGGAAGGAUGGCAAAGACAUGAGCAACAUGCUUUUUCACACCAUCCACCAUGCGGUCCUGCAAACAAACAAGCAGCCAACAAACUCAAUACGCGAAGCAGCAGACGGAAACUCAGACAACGAUGUUGUGUAGAAGGAAGACGUCUAAAAAUAUGCUGACUUGUCCUUGACAGAAGUGGCAAAGGGUCCAUUUGGCAGCUUUGAAGUAAGUUUUUGUUUUGGAGAGAACAAACCAAAGGUCCAACAAGAGUGGUACUCAGUAGAGUGCAGGCUUCCUCCAAGGCAGGGUGCAGCAUGGGUCAAGUAUUUGUGCCUCCUAACCUGUGGCCAGCAGCACUCCCUAUAGCAUACAUGCUGUAUAGCGACUACUGUACCAUCUUAGCAAACAAUUAGCGUGUUAGUCGCAUCAAGUAACUGUCUGUCCAUUCACAUACAGUCGUCCCUCGCUGCAUUGCGGUUCAAACAUCGCAAAAAUCAAUUAAUAAAUAAACGAUCACUAGUUCAUGGCCUACUAGUAGUCAAGAAAUAUUGAAAUACAAGCAUUCUGUUCACUAGGUAUUGUUACAUUGAUGAGACUUCGUUGAUGAGAUUGCUUUACAUUACAUUACCUUAACUUGCAGCCAUGGAUCCUUGCAGUCCGACAUGGCAUGAUGAAAAAAAGUUUCUCCUCCUGUUCCGUGUGGAAGUGGUACAUUGUUGGCUGCUUACUUUGUCCUUCUUCACCACUCAGUUUCAAAUCUAUUCUUAAGUUUAGAAUAAAUUAAUUGGAGGCUCACCAGCUAGCUCGGUAGAUUGGUAUUGUUAAAACAGCGGCCGUCUCUUGUGUCAUUUCCCGUAGCCUGUGCAUAAGUGUUGCGCAAUGGUGUGUAAACAAAGCUAGCAGUAUUGUCGGAGUGUGCGUCUAUGUAUGGCAGAUUAAUGUUAGACUGGCUGUCCUGUAUGUCAAUCAAGUGACACAUGUCAUAGUGAGGAUGGGUGAGAGGCUGAUGUCAGUCUUUAUUAUUUUUUAUACCAUAUGAUCGACCCACAUUACAUUCAAGAUACUACAACAAGAAACCUAAUGCCAAUGCUAACGGUGAGUUAUGUCUUUUUGUUGCUUAUCAUGUCCACUAUAUGAGGUACAAUACAAGUAUAAAGAUGACUAUAGGGGUGUUAUUUCAUGUCUACAGGGCUCUAAUAAUGUUAGAAAAAAGGCCAUAAACAGGUCUUCUAUGCUCUAACUACGAAAAUAUUCCAUUUAUAUAUUCCAUUUACUGUAUAAUCCUACUUUGCGGAAAAUCGCAAUCAGGGCAGGAACCAAUUGACUGCGAUAAACGAGGGACAACUGUUUACCAUAACAUAUCUCUUUGACCAAAGUCAAAGCAAAAACUACCAAUUAAUUAUUUUAAUGAUCACAUUAAAUUAGCAAAACCAAAAGUCCAUGUGUCGAGUCGAUGCCAAAGAGGUCAAUUUGAGUCUCAUCUGACCACGUCACAUUCCCCAAGCCUCGUCUGAGUCAGAUUGUCAAACCUCAGACGGGUCCGGCAUGUGUCCUCGUGAGCAGAGUGAUCUCGACCUGAGUUGUCUUACUAAUGCUUUUCUUGCUGAUUGUGCUCCCAACUCCCUUGACAUAAUUUACCUUGUAAUUCCGGGCUGGUCCCUCACCUUUCACCUUACCUCGUGUGGUAAGGAUGAGCCUUGAUUUAAUGUUUUUUUUUAUGUUUUACAUUCUGUCUGUUGGUUACAGUAAACCUACCGUAAAAAUUCUCAAAUGUUGCUAUCUUUGUAAGGGUGUGAACUUACACAAUCAGCAGGGAAUCAAAUACUGUAUGAGGCCCAGCACAUACAAACAUUAUCAUCUAUUCUUCAUGCUUCAUGUUUAAGUUCAUUUAGUCAUUCAUGAUGCAAAUUGGUUGCAUUUUACACAUUUCUUAAAAUCAUUAGCCGAUUAUGCAGACCUUUGCUCAGAGUGUCAAUAAUAGCACUAAUCCAGGUGGCCAGAGUUCAGACUUUGUAAUUCAACAGACACCAAUUAUUACCUUGGGCCUAAAAAUCAUCUCUUAAAAUGUUCAACUCGUGGUUGUGUUGCUGGAGAAAACACACUGAGAGCAUUGCUCUCAAACCUUCUACUUUGUGCUAACUAAUGGGACAAUGAUGCAUUUUUUAAUAAUCAUAAUUAAAUAAAAUAAUAAUUAAAAAAAAAACAUCCUCUCAGGUUUUAGCUAAGCGCAAGACAGUUUAUUUUGUUAAUUUGCAUUGUUCCUGCACAAACUGAUGUGUUGAAAUCGUACACUGUCUCUUCUUUGUCCGAUUGUGCAAUCUAGACUGAACACAAUUUAACUAAGGAAUGUAACCAUUUUAAACUUCCUGUGUGCAUAAGUGAACUUUAAUGACAUUACAAUGUAAAGAAUUAACAUAUUAUACUUCUCUAUAUUUGUUUCCUUAGCAAAUGUUUUUUUCUAUGCAUUUGUACAAGUUUAAAUGUUGUCUGGAUACCUUUUGGCUGUUCCUUUUUGGAAUGUUAACUUUCACAUACAAGCACAUGCUCAAUACUUGAAAUAAACUUG